AUGAAGAAAAAAACUCGGCCCACUGACUCAGCUUGCUCGACUGACCAAAAAAUCAGUCCAAAGCGUCGCCGCAACAGUUCGCCUGGAGUUCGACUCAUCCAUAACCGAAUCUAUGAUUCUCAUAUUGGAAAGACUUGUCACCAGUGUAGACAAAAAACAGUGGACUUUGCAGCAUCAUGCAAGAGAAAGAUUAACCAGAAACAAUGUACUAUCCAUUUUUGUCACAAAUGCCUCUUGAACAGAUAUGGAGAAAAGGCUGAGGAGGUUGCCUUGUUAAAUGAUUGGAAUUGCCCGAAAUGUAGAGGAAUUUGCAACUGUAGUUUUUGCAUGAAGAAGCGAGGUCACCAGCCCACCGGAAGACUUGUACAUGCAGCAAAGGCGAAUGGGUUUGCGUCAGUCUCGGAUAUGUUGCAUCUCAAUGAUUCCGAAAGAUCAGGUUCUCAAGAGACUGUUGGUGAAGCUGUGUCGUCUAAAAAGCGAAAAGCUGCAGAGAAGGAAUCUGGAACAGAGGAAACUGGCAAUAGCAGAAAGGAAAGUAGUGAUAAAGGGUCAAAUGGUUCAAUACAAGCCAAUGAGAAAAAGGCUGCAACUAAAUAUACCAAGUUGAAAAGACUGAGAAGCAAGAAUGGUGGGGAAAUCGUCUCUGAAGGCAAUGAUGCUGAUUUCUCGACCCAAAAGGUUACUCCGAAAAAGUCCAGAAUCUCCAAAAAGGCAUUGUAUGAAGGAGAAGUGAUUUUGGACAGGAACACGGCUAUCCAGCUAAUUGAAAUGAAGGUCCUUAAGAAGUGUGAUCAAGGAGAAGAUGAAAUGCUAAACCAUGCAACUCCCAUAGCAAAGAACAAGCCAAAUAAUAAGUCUCCAAAUCCUAAGAAGAAAAAUGUAGAAGUCAAAAGUGAAGCCUCUGAUGACGAUAUAACACUGCCUCAAGGCACAUUACUAAACUGUGUUGAUGGCAUUGACUUGCCUGCUGAGGAUGUUGGCCACGCCUUGCAAUUUCUAGAAUUUUGUGAAGCUUUUGGAGAGGUUCUCAAUAUGAAGAAAGGGCAAUCUCAGCUGAUACUUAGAGAGUUACUUACUGGAAAAAGCAAACGCAAACACAAACUACGUUAUCCUUCGAUUGUGCAGUUUCAUAUUCGACUGCUUUCCAUGAUGCAAAAGGAUUUGGGAAAAGAGUAUCCUUGCCUUAGUCGGGAUUUAAGUGAAACUUCAUGGGCUCAAGUUCUUGGAGAAUACAUCAGUGAUUCUCAAAAACCAUUAAAGCGGUCACUGUCGGAUUGCUUAGAUAUGAGUGAUGAUAGAUAUGAGAAAUUAAAUUCCUCUAAAAAACUGCGACUCUUAAAUUUUCUAUGCGAUGAAUCUCUUGUCACCACAGAAUUCAGAAGCUGGAUUUAUGAACAAAACUCGAAAUUUGUCGAGAAAGAAAAGAAAAUGAAAGAAAAACUUCUUUCUCGGAGAGAGAGGGAGAGAAACAUGGAAAAAGAGAUGAAGCAGAAGUUGCAGGAUGAGAUAGCCAAAGCUAUUAUCAUGAAAAAUGGUGCACCUCUUUCCAUUUCGGAGAAUGAAGAGCUUAUUUCUAGAAUCAAGAAAGAAGUGGCACAAACUCUUGAAGUGGACUAUACUCUUGCAGGUACAUUGGAAGUGUCCGAGACAGUGGAUGAGGUGAUGCCCAAAGAGGAGGAGGAUUGUCGAUCAGAUGCUGUUAGAUCGGAGCCAAUAUUUUGGGACGGCCAUGGUCAUAAGUUUCUCAAAUUCUGGAGAUUGAGAGGCCACUUGGGUGAAUCCAAUAUUCUGCUUCAAGAUAUCGAGGUAGGGGAUUCAGUUGCAGCUAAAGAACAAUGGUACAACUACAGCACCGAACAAAAUGCUACGGUUGAAAAAUAUAUUUCAUCUUUCAGGAUGCAAAGGAAAUGA